AUGGAGGUUGAUCCAAACAAAGAGUUUGAUUUGGUCGAGAACAUAGUCUCAUUGGUGAGCGAAAAUCAUUUGCUAUCGACGAAAGUUGACAAGUUAGAAGUAACUCAUAGAGUUGAAUUAGCAGUGAAGGAAAGGGAAAUUGAGCAUGGAAAGCAGUUGCUUAAGGAACUAGACAACCAGUGGAAAAACCGUGAAGAUUUGCUUCGUAUGGUGAAGGAAGAGUUGGCAGAGAGGCAAGCUAAUGAAUUGCUAAGGAAAGUUGACAAAUUAGAAGCAACUCAUAGAGUGCUUAAGGAACUAGAUAGCCGGUGGAAAAACCGUGAGGAUUUGCUUCAUACGGUGAAGGACGAGUUAGAGGAGAGGCAAGCUAAUGAAUUGCUAAGGAAAGUCGACAAAUUAGAAGCAACUCAUAAAGUUGAAUUAGAAGCAAAGGAAAGGGAAAUUGAGCAGGGGAAGCAGAUGCUUAAGGAACUAGACGGCCGGUGGAAAAGCCAAAAGGAUUUGCUUUAUAUGGUGAAGGACGAGUUGGCAAAGAGGCAAGUUAAUGAAUUGCUAAGGAAAGUUAACAAGUUAAAAGCGAGUCAUAGAAUUGAAUUAGAAGCAAAGGAAAGAGAAAUUAGGGGCCUAAAGCGGCAUCUUGAGAAACCAGGCAACUGGUGGAAAAGCCGUGAGGAUUUGUUUUGUAUAAUGAAUGAUGAGUUGGCAGAGAGGAAAGUUAAUGAAUUGCAAAGGAAAGUUGAUAAGUUAGAAGCGACUCACAAAAUUGAAUUAGAAGCUAAGGAAAGGAAAAUUGAGCAUGGAAAGCAGAUGCUUAAGAAACUAGACAACUGGUGGAAAAAUCGUGAGGAUUUGCUUCAUAUGGUGAAGGAAGAAUUGGCGGAGAGGCAAGUUAAUGAAUUUCUCAGUAAAAUUGACAAGUUAGAAGUAACUCAUAGAGUUGAAUUAGAAGCGAAGGAAAGGGAAAUCGAGCAUGGAAAGCAAAUGCUUGAGGAACUAGACAAUCGGUGGAAAACCCGUGAGGAUUUGCUUAGAAUGGUGAAGGACGAGUUGGCAGAGAGGCAAGCUAAUGAAUUGCUAAGGAAAGUUGAAAAAUUAGAAGCAACUCGUAGAGUUGAAUUAGAAGCAAAGGGAAGGAAAAUUGAGCAUGGAAAGCAUAUGCUUAAGGAACUAGACGGCCAGUGGAAAAGCCAAAAGGAGUUGCUUUGUAUGGUGGGGGAUGAGUUGGCUGAGAGGCAAGUUAAUGAAUUGUUAAGGAAAGUUGACAAGUUAAAAGCGACUCAUAGAAUUGAAUUAGAAGAAAAUGAAAGAGAAAUUAGGGGUGUAAAACGGCAUCUUGAGGAUUUAGAUAGCUGGUGGAAAAGCCGUGAAGAUUUAUUUUGUAUGACGAAUGAUGAGUUGGCGGAGAGGCAAGUUGAUGAAUUGCUAAGGAAAGUUGAUAAGUUAGAAGAGACUCACAAAAUUAAAUUAGAAGCGAAGGAAAUGGAAAUUAGGGGCCUAAAGCGGCACCUUGAGAAACUAGACAACUGGUGGAAAAGCCAAACGAAUUUGCUUUGUAUGGCGAAGGACGAGUUGGCAGAGAGGCGUAUCAAUGAAUUGCUAACUAAAUUUUCCAAAUUGGAGAAUUCUCAAAAGCUUAUUGAUGAGAAUGAACAAGUUGGUGGGUCUUCUGAUGUAAACGCAAAUAAUUGA